UUCUGAAAUUUUGUUCAAAUACGUUACUUGGUGCGUUCAAAUUUACGAAACAUAAAAUUCGUAACAAACUACAAGCAGCACAUACACGUUUAUAGAUCCCGCCAAAAUGAAAACGACUAAACGAAUUAUUUUAAAGUGUCUAAGACAGUCAAAAAGUGCAUUCGAUUCGAUGGUUAUAAUUUUGUUGCAUUCGCUCGAAUAGAAUGAACACAUUCUCUAUCACAUUGUAAUUGUCGACAUAAGUAUGUUUACAUGUUUCGUCACUUGUAAACUAAAUGCAAGGCGGAAUAUAUCGAAUGAUAAUGAAAGAUUCAAUUUCAAUAUUACAUCUCUACCAUUUCAAUAAGUACAUGCGCUAUCGGGCGAGGAAAUAUAUGGGUGGCAGUACGGGAAUAACGAGAUAAAUACACAUCUAAAACGACAUAGCUUUUUACGUGUACAGCUGUGUAAAGGAGACGGAAAUUUUGAAAAAGAAAUAUAAAGAGAAAGAGAGAGACAAUCAAAGAUAGCAAGAGAAACUUAAAGAGAGAGAUGUGAAAACGAGAAGGAAAGAGAGAGAGAAUGAGCGAACCUUUAAAGUAGAUGAAACACAUUACAGCAAUAAUUAGCGAUCGAAUGCAUCAGGUUAGAUUUCUAUAUAUGCAGUGACCUUGAGCCCGAUCUGGUGCAUAUAGUAGCCUCGUGCAUUUAAGUACAAAACUGCAUCCCAGAUGCGGUUGCAUUCGAACCCAGCGAUAGAAUAGUUUACUCCAAGUAAAGCAUCAGGCAACAGUAGCUUUCAAUGCAUGUCGUCAUAUAAAGCCUACCUGCGUAGUCAGCAAUGUACAUGUGUCGGCUGUUGUGUCACUUGAUUCUGGACCUAAGGAUAGGACAAUCAGUAACGUUUUGCAGCUCAGUGCGGUCAGCUGUCGAUCGAACGCUGAUCUUCAGUGUGAUAGUGAGGCAAACGAUCGAACCUCAGCUUUGUUAAUACAACUCUUUGAACAAGUGUGGUGUACAGAUUGCGUCUCGUGAGAAUAAAAUUGUAUGCGUAGGUGUGACUGUUUGUUAGCAAACGGUGUGAAGUUUGAUGGUGCGCUAGCAUACACCAAAAAACUACCAUAACAUUUAAGGGGCUUCUUGCUUACGUAGACGAUGACGUGCUUUGCGUGUAAAAACUAGACAACCCGAUUUAUACGUGGCUACAUUUCCGAAAUAGUUUAUGUUUUAGUUAUUCUAAGCACAGUUGUCAUAAUAGAGCUAUUUUACUGUCAUUAAAAUAAAAAAAAGUUGCCAAUGUGCCAAAUUGGGUCACACGUACCUACAUUUGUAUACAUUAUUUUUCUUGUAUUUCAAAAAAGUGUAUUUCAAAAGUUGAUUUGUCUAUGUAAAGAAUAAAUCAUUUUGUAUAAAUAAAAAAGAUUCAGUCCUUGUCCCAUUGUUAUAACAUGUACAUCUUAGGAAAAAUAAUGUAUCGUUAACCUAACACAUAUUUGAUAUAUCCAUAUCGCAUAUGUAUUUCUGACACCUAAACUUCCUGGUAUACCAAUGCUUUCAAUUCCACAUACCACGCAAAACUGCUCAUGUUUUGUUGAUGUUUUCAACCCAUACUGUAUGAGUAACGGUUCGACGCGUUCCAUACCAACACAAGCUAGAAAUGGUUUUAUACACAUGCCUGCGUUUAUUUUAGUAAUCUCCAAAUUGAUACAGCGAGAUAAAUGCGUUAUCUUAUCAUAUUUACUUUUUCCACGCGUUGAAGAAUUCCAAAAGACAAACAAACUGCAUUAAGUAUUUGGACUGCAGAAGAGAGUGAUAUUGAAAUUCAUUCCCAAUUUGUACCAUGGGGUUGUGCUGUGGCAGUACAGAUCGUGUUACAAAAUAUUCUAAAGAAGACAUUCAACAGCCAACUGAAAGUGAACCACUCAAAUAUGAUCCUGACUUUAAAGGACCUCUAUCCAAAAGGUCCUGUACGGAUCUUCCGUGUUUAUUUUUGUUUGUUACUUUUCUCUGCGCCUGGGGUUACGUAGCGUACUAUGCUGUUCAACAUGGCGAUUUAAAUCGAUUGCUUGUGCCAAUUGACUCAGAUGGACGAAAAUGUGGCGUAGAUAGCGAAGUUCGUGACGAACCUUACCUUGUGUUUUUCAACAUAACUGAAUGUGCUAAAAUCGAUGUGCCUAUUUCAGGAUGCAGCACUACACAGGUUUGUGUAAGUCAAUGCCCAAAUCAAGAUUUUGAUUUCGAAUCCGCAAACUGCAAUCCUUCCAAUGUUAAUGAAAUCCGUUCCAAAUUAAUAUGUAAGCAAAAUGUUAAGAAAUCCGACCUAACAACAUGCCAAAUUAUUCGACAAUAUAUCAAAUCACAGAGAUGUGCACAGACAAUGCAAAAAAGCACUCCAUUGGUAAACCGAUGCGUUUCUAACAUUCCGGAGGGACAAUGUACUCUCAUACCGAAACAGUUUCGACAACAGCCGCCCAUUACAAGUACCAAAUUUCAAACCUCAGCCGAACAGUGUAAAGAACAACGCGAACUUGAAAAUAUUUUGGAAGAAAAAAUUUCUAAACUACAAUCUUUUUUGGCAAGAUACGUGAAUAAUCUCAUAUCCGUUCUAACGAAAAACAAUAGCGUGCAUCAGACUAGUCAAAUGAUAGUGGAAGAUAUUUUGGAAUCUUGGCGCAUGAUAUUAGUUUUCAUAGCAUGUUCUGUCUUGGCUAGUUUAAUUCUCAUCGCGAUGCUUCGAUGGAUAGCAAAACCUCUAGUAUGGAUUUCGAUUAUUGGAGUAAUUACUGCGCUAAGCUAUGGAGUUUACUACAGCUUCCGGCAAUACCAGCAAAUCCGUGCCAAUCCGGUAGCAGCACAUGUGAACGUGUCUCCAAAUCUUAGUUCUUUGGUAAAUUCCUGGUUUAAGUCAGAUCAAACCUGGCUGUGGAUACUGAUUGCCUUAUCAGUUAUAUUGAUCGUCUUACUAUUGGUUGUAUUGGUCUUACGAAAAAGGAUCGUGAUCGCCAUCGCCCUUUUGAAGGAGGGCAGCAAAGCUGUUAGUGCCAGUUUUUCGACAGUAUUCUUCCCCCUUGUACCAUGGAUAUUGCAGGCUGUGGUUAUUGUAUUUUCUUUAUUAGUACUUUUAUUCUUAGCAUCUAUUGGUGUUCCUGUAUACAAGGUAAAUGGACUCAACUCGUCUUUAACGUGCGUUUGCACAAAUGGAUAUAUGGAAGGUGACAUAUGUGAUCCAGUCGCAUUCAAUGAAAAUUGUCGAGACACUAGUAGGAUCUAUGAUCAAGAACGAUGUCUUGAUGCUGCAUGUCACUUUCAAGAGGUGGAUACCCCAGGUAUAGUUAGAUUCUUCCAUGCUUUAAACGUGAUUGGAUUUUUUUGGUGUAUUUGUUUUGUAUCCGCAUUCAGCGAAAUGGUGCUUGCUUUCACAUUCGCCACAUGGUACUGGACGCGCCAAAAAUCACGCCUUCCAUUCUUUGUGUUGACGCGUGGCGUUACACACACGGUUUACUAUCAUCUUGGUACAUUGGCUUUCGGAUCGUUGAUUAUUGCUAUUUGCAAAAUUAUUCGAGCCAUUCUCGAAUAUGUAGACCAUAAACUUAAGCGGUACGAUAAUGGAUUCACUCGUGCUGUGUUGUGCUGCUGUCGAUGCUUUUUUUGGUGCUUGGAAAGUUUUUUGAAAUUUUUAAACAGAAAUGCCUACAUUAUGUGUGCAAUCUAUGGCAAAAACUUCUGCUCAAGUGCAAAAGAUGCAUUCAGCCUACUUACGCGAAACGUGCUCCGAGUAAUUGCAUUGGACAAGGUUACGGGAUUCCUAUUUUUCUUGUCUAAGUUACUCCUUGCUUCUGGAAUGGCAGCCGUAACGUACACGUAUUUUGAUAGUGAUCUACCAAAGAUGCAACUAAAUUACCCUUUUGUGCCAGCUGUACUCGUUUUCAUUGGAACGUUCAUUAUUGCGUCCAUAUUCUUCAGCGUUUACUCUGUUGCUGUUGACACCUUAUUUUUGUGUUUUUUGGAAGACAUAGAACGAAACGAUGGCAGUGCCGAACGACCGUUUUAUAUGUCCAGAGGAUUGCAAAAAAUAUUGGGGAAGAAGCAAAAGUAAAUUGAAGAUAUCACCAAAGAUUUAUUGUCUACCGUCAACACUGUCGCGGGGUAGCAGCACCAAUCAACUGCAGUUCUUCCUAUGGACUAUUUGGAUAAUGCGUGACCAAGCAAAUAUUUCCACGCACAUAGAAUUCUAAACCUUUAAGUCAAUACAGCCCAUUUGUAAAUAUUUGGAUGAAACAGCUGCUUAAUAGUGUAUGUCAUUUUGUUCACAUAUGAACUAAUUUAAGUCUAUAUUUUGAUACUAAUUUAUACAUAAUGCGUACCAUGGGUAUGAUGAAAUGAAAUUCAACGAGAAUUUAGAAGAACAGAUGAGAGUAGGCAUUUAAAUCAAGAAUAUAUUGUGAUUGAUAAUAUUGGUGGAUCUUAUAAGAAUUCAAAACUCAUAAAUGCAAAUUACACCUUGAUAAUUUUCUAAUGUAUUGAAUAUUUCUACAACCAUCACUAGAUGAAUUGUAAUUACUAUAUACAUACAGUAAUUUACAGUAAGUAAAAAACUAUACGACCAAAGUAUGUACUGUUCGGUAAAUAUUGGAAAUUCAUAUCUGGAAUUGAUAGUGAAACAUUAGAUUGUACUAUAAUGAUGAUCAAAGGAACAGAUUUCUUGUUUUGACAAUGGUAUAGUAAUGAAAAUAUCAAUUUUUCAAAUUUAACUUACACCCGUGUUUUAUUCAUAAUGUUGUGGAAAACAUUGAAGAAAGCAUAAAAACUCGGUGUUCUUAUAGUUUUGAAAAGAAUUGUAUACACUAAUAUUCAAUGUGAAGCAAUACGUUCUAGCCUUUCCUUCUGAAUAAAAAGAAACUGUAAAACAGGCGUUUUGAAAUCUAGAAAUCAUAAGAAGCAAUUAAAACGGAAAAGUCUGCCAAUGGUGUUCUAUUGUGGUUUAAACCAAAGCAUGGGGAAUAUGUUUCAUAAAUAUUAAUAAAUUGUGGAAUUUCAUCGAUCAUUGAAAAUAAACUGACACUAUUUUAAAUAAA